AUGUCUCAACCAACACCCCAAGAAACUGUACUUGCUAUCACCGAGUUGCUCGAGGCAUUCCUUCUCCAGCUCGAUAUCAAGACUUUACUGUUCGCACAGAGUGUCUGCAAGCGCUGGCAAGCUGUGAUCCAAAAUUCGCCCAGCCUACAACGAGCUCUAUUCUUUAAAACAGAUCAAACCUCUCCGUUCGCGCACAACGAGCUUCUCCAGAAGAAAUUCCCGCGAUGGUUUGAACACCUCGCGCUUGGACCUGAAAGUGAGCCCGGAUUUACCUCCAUCACGCGGAAUCCAGUAGCAGACACCGUCCUCUUUCCCUCCAUGCCCUGGAUCUUCUCAAAUUUAGAAGCCUACCAACGGCCCGAAGCAAGCUGGAAGCGCAUGCUCAUCCACCAGCCCCCCAUUAAGGGCAUAGGCGUUCUCCUGACUCUGCGCCAAAGAUUCAUGACUCUCAUCCGGAUAGGCAUCUCGGACCUGUCCCCCUUUCUCAUGCAGGAUGUCUUGGACGCCAGCUUGAGUGCGCUGGAGAAAACAUGGUCGAACGGGACGGAAAGUUAUCGGGCGACUAGUUUCCGUAUGCUGUGGCGUAAGAUGCCACCUAGUCUUUCCUGGCCUGAUAUUGAUCUGGAAAUUGAUUUUGAUAAUGUUGAUGUUCUGCGGCAGAUCAUGAGACGCUACGGACUGGUGUUGCAUAUAAAUUCAGUGGACGUCCCCUCACGUGGGUUUUCUCUUGGGCGGGAUUUAGUGUACAGUUUGACGGAGCCACAUGCGAGUGAUGAGGCUGAAGAGGAGUCUGGUGGUACAUCAACAGGUUUCUGGCUUGAUUGA